CAGUCGUUCGAGAAAGAUCACAGAGUGCUAUACAGCAGCCAAACACCAAGAAGGUAUUUAAGGUCACUACGAGAAGAUCGCCAUGUCGUCGAUGAACUACGCACUGCCUUCCUGUUCGGGGCCUCCUGUUCCCCACAUUUGUUGUCCAAUUUCGAUGCAAGGUUUGAGCCCCACAGGUAGCGAAACGAAAUUCAAGAUAUCGCCAGGGGUCACCUACCAUGAUGUACCCCCAGAAAAAUUGGAGCAGGCCUUAGAAGCAAAUUUCGAAGAUGAACUUCCGUUUCUGUGUACCUACACUACGUUUCAGCAGGAACUUUACAAUUUGGAACGAGCAACGCGGACGACACAACCCAAAGAGCCAGACCAAGAGUUUCCAGAUGGACCAUGCUUGUUGGGUACCAAAGAGUUUUACCUUCCGAAACCUCCGAAAAAGAAGCCGGAAUUAACCGAUGAGAUCGUUUCCAGAACCAUCUUCGACGAGAUCCCGUUCUUAGGCCAGGAAUUUGUAACACCACAAGUUCCUAAACGAAAGCGAAAUACAAAACCACGCAAAACCCGGAAAUCUAAUCAAGUACAUUGUAACGUACAAAACUGUUUCUACUCAUCUUGAAAAUGUCGUUUCCGAUUUCGUCGUUUGUUUCCGAGGUGCGGCGGAAACAAUGUUUAUAAAAUUAAGAAAACUAUCGUUGAUAUUACGACCAUAGCUUUACGCGAUACUAUCCUUACUUGUAUACAUAUUAAAUACGUUUAGUGUAAUUUGUGAAUUCAAGAUAUCUAAACAUAUCUUUUUUAUUAUAAUACACUUAAUGUAAGUAGAUAUAGCAUAAUAGGAUAGUUGUUUGAUUAAGGGACUUUCUCCAGGUGAGCCAUCGGACAUCAGAUGUGAAAUGAAUACUCAGGUAAAUUAACUAAUAGAUUGUUUGUCCUUGUCUUACCAAAGAUUUGUGCGUGGUUUGAAAAGACCAUUUGCAGCAUUUAUUUUAAUUUUACGAACUAAUGUCAAGUAGUUAACUUCCUAUGUCCGAUAUCUUAUGUAUCAGGUAUAAUUUAGAAUCAAUCAUCUUAAGUCAGUAUAAAGAUGUAAGUUUACUGAUAAGAUCUUUUGGUAAUAAAAAUAUAUUAUAAUUGA